UUCCCUCCCCAUCUCCCAAAAGACAAAAAUAUAGUGAAGCCUGCAUCAGAGAUGGCCCCAACAGACAAAGGCUUCAAAGCCUAUGCAAUGAAGGCUGGCGACGGCCCUAACAGCUAUGCCAACAACUCCACUUUCCAGAAAAGAGCUGUGGAUUCUGCCAGGGAAGUCAUAAGAGAAGAAAUUGCAGAAAAGCUGGACACACACACGUUGUCGUCGUCAUCCAGCACCUUUCACAUUGCAGAUUUGGGUUGCUCAGUUGGGCCAAAUACAUUUUUUGCAGUUGAAAACAUACUUGAAGCUGUGCAACUAAAGUAUCAAACUCAAGGACCGAGUUCUCGAACCCCCGAAUUUCAAGUUUUCUUUAAUGAUCAUUCCGGAAAUGAUUUUAACAUGCUCUUCAAAUCGUUGCCUAAGAAUCGGAAUUACUACGCCGUAGGCAUGCCUGGUUCUUUCUAUGGUCGGCUAUUUCCUAAAGCUUCCAUUAACUUAUUUCAUUCUUCUUAUUCCCUUAGUUGGCUUUCAAGAGUGCCAAAAGAGAUACUGGACAAGGAGGGUCCUGCUUGGAAUAAAGGAAAAAUCCAUUACUCAAAUUCCACAAGCCCAGGAGAAGUAAUAAGGGCUUAUGAAGCUCAACAUGCUGAGGACAUGGAAUGUUUCCUUUCUGCCAGGGCACAAGAGAUCAUGUAUGGAGGAUUGAUGAUGCUUAUUAUUAUGUGCCGCCCCAGUGGUACCCCUCAUUUUGAUACUUUGGCAACUGCGACCUAUGAAACUUUAGAAUCUUGCCUCAUGGACAUGACCAAAGAGGGAAAAGUUAGUGAAGAGAAAAUUGAUUCAUUCAACAUACCUAUAUAUUUCAUGUCUCCGGAAGAGGUGGAAGUUGCUGUAGACAGAAAUGGAAACUUCAACAUAGAGAGAAUACAAAUCUUACCAAAUGUAUUGACAAGUACUGCUCUCUCUAAUGCCUCAAUAUUUACAUCUCACCUUAGAGCUGUCGUGGAAACACUCCUCAAGGAGCACUUUGGAGACGAAAUGUUAGAUGAGCUCUUCAACUUAUAUCACAAGAAAGUUGCAGAGCAACCCUCCAAGUUUGGGUCGGGGAAGGCUAUUAUUUCUCUCUUUGUGCUUAAACGCAAGGAGAAUUGA